GUGGUGUGUGACCUGUGUCAAUAGCGACAGGUGCACGCAAGAAGACGUAAUACCACUGUUGACUCGGACGUCUUAUUUACUCGAAUGGUUGGGUUCUGGGUUCUCCACCUUACCAGCACUUUUGCUCGCCUUUAUUCAACUUAAACAACCUUGAAGAUAACUAUGUGUCGAUUCGUGAUUUACAAAGGCACCUCUCCAGUUCAGUUAUCGCAUCUUUUGACACGACCCUGCCACUCGAUUAUCAACCAGGCUUUCGAUUCUCGUUUACGCUUGGACCGUAGACGACCCAUCAAUGGUGAUGGCUUUGGCGUUGGAUGGUACGACUCGGUCAAGGAUGAGGAGUUGGGGAGUCAGCCGUGUAUGUUCACUUCUGUAACUCCUGCGUGGAAUAACGCAAAUCUAGUACGGCUGGCAGAGAAGAUCAAGUCUCCUCUAGUUUUCGCCCAUGUUCGCGCUACUACGGCUGGUUCUCUUUCGCUGGAUAACUGCCAUCCAUUCGUGUUCAAGAAACUUAUGUUUAUGCACAACGGUGGAAUCGCCGAUUUCCCAUCCAUCAAGCGAAGACUUCAAAGAGAUUUAUCAGAUGAAAUCUUCGAAGUCGUUCAAGGCAACACAGAUUCGGAAUGGGCGUUUGCGCUAUUCCUCUCGAAGCUCCCAGACCCUAAUGCGAGCAAUUUUACAUAUGAAACGCUGAAGAAGGCAAUGCUUGAAACUAUUUCUACCCUCAACUCGUUUGCCGAAGCCGCUGGCAUCACGGAGCCAAGUUUGAUGAAUUUCUGCGUCACUGACGGGGAAAGUGUUGUUGCCACUCGUUAUAUUUCCUCACGUCAUGAUGAGGCUGCGUCUUUAUGGUUUUCUUCUGGGACAACGUUCAGUGAAUAUGCGCAGGGUGGUCAUUACAAGAUGUCGAAGACCGAUAAACGGGAAAAUAUCAUCAUGAUUGCGAGCGAACCACUGACUUUUGAGAAAGCCGACUGGAUGGAAAUCAAGACGAACAACCUGGUGAUUAUCACGCCCAAGAUGAACAUCCUUCAAAUACCCAUUAUCGACAAGUUCUACGUCCCACAUACUGACCCAGCAGCUCUGAGCCGCGGGACAGAUUUCGCAGCCGCGAAGGGUCUGCUCAGUCCACGUUCAGCGCUUGCUCCAGUCCACAAUCGGGAGACCACCCCAAUGAUAGCUGUAUGAUAUCUGCCCAGGGCAGUGCUGGCUGCUUUGCUGCCAUAGGAUAUUUUCUCGCCUUGCAGGGCACUUAGAGCACGCUUUGAAAUUUCUGUUCUCGUUCGAUUAAUGUUAUUCCCCAUGUAGGCUUUACUGUAGAACUUGUCGUAGGUGUAGAUCACGUGAUAUGAUGUGGUAUCCUUGCCAAAAGC